CAACCGACCGCGAAGUCAUUCAAACGGAAGCAAAGUCACGAGGACCGGAAGGGCCGUCCCUCGAUCUCCAACUCAUUCGUCACCGAUCGAUCCACGGCUCCAACUCCUCCUCUGGUUUCGCGCUUGUAUUCCCACCGACCGCGAAGUCAUUCAAACGGAAGCAAAGUUACGAGGACCGGAAGGGCCGUCCCUCGAUCUCCAACUCAUUCGUCACCGAUCGAUCCCCGGCUCCAACUCCUCCUCUGUUUUAUACAGGCAUGUCAACUCCUAGCAGCCGAUCAUGCUUAACUCGUCCACCUGCACCUCUGAAGUGCCCAUGGCUUGUGUUUUCUCAUGGGAAGCACAAGUCCACACAGACAUUCUACAACGUAGCUGAAGAUUGCUAUUAUGUGAAAAGCGUACCUGAUUUGUGCCAAAAAUACAUAUGUGCUUGUUGUCACGGAUGGCUGGUGAUUAUGGAUAUCAACUCCGAUGACUUUUUUUUACUUAAUCCUGUUUCAAUGGAAAAAAUAAAGCUGCCACCAUGGAAUUCAUUUACGUUGGAGUCUUGUGUUUUGUCGCUGCCUCCUAGCAAUCCCAACUGCAUUGUUGUUGUUUUUGCUGUGAGUUUAGGCGAACCUUAUAUCAGAUUUUGCCGACCAGGUGAUUGCAGAUGGACUGAUUGUGAACUGGGAUCACUACUUGAAUUGCUGAGGUUUCCUACUACCUGUAAUGGCAAAAUUUAUGGACUUACUAAAGUCAAAGGAAGUCUUGCAACCUUAGAGUUUGUUGGCUCCAAUGUAUCUGUCAGGAAAUUAGUAAUGGAGAAACGUCCUUGGCCAUCCUUGGCAGGAAUUACACAGUCAGGAGCACAUCUAGUUGAAUCAGGUGGGGAGCUUUAUCUUGUCGUCACAGCGCUUGUCGGCGAAGCCGCUAAGCUUCGGGAUGUGGAAGUGUUUAAAAUGGACUUCCCAAGUUUAACUUGGUUGGAGGUGGAAAGUUUAGGUGACCGAGCAUUUUUCGUCGAUGGAAAUUGGGGAAACUCUGUUUCUUGCUCCUCUGCAGCAUCAAGAAUUGAGGGAAAUGCUAUUUACUACAUUGAUGGACGAGGAGACAAGAACCUGUAUGUGUUUCAUCUUGAAGAUAGGAGCUUAUCUGUUUCUCUGCCUUGUCCAAAAUUUCGUCAUCUGUUGGAUACUCUUUGGGUUAUGCCAGAAAUUCAAGAGCAUGCUAAACUAGAUUGAUUAGCCAUGUACUAUCAUUUAUUAUUUUGUUGCUAACCACGGAAAAUUACUCGUAGUUUCGGAUGGCU